UUUUAAAAUUUUGAGACAGGUCUCCCUAAGCUACUAAGUUGCGCACGCUGGGGUCUACUUUUCGAUCCUUCUGGCUCAGCCUCCCGAGUACUGGGAUCACAGGCGUGCACCGUUCUGCUCGUCUAGGAGGCAAAUUUUAAAGGAGCUUCAAACCAAGCCAGCACGCCUGCACUUUGCGUUUUCAAGAACCUUGGCCAAACCACGCUCCGUCCCCCAGCCCCCGCGCCUGCGCAGAGACUUGUCGUGGAUGAAAUUUGUCCCCCGCGAAUUCCCGUCUGCCGGCGUCAGGCUUGCGUUCCUGGGAUCGGAAUCCGCGAUGGCGUUCCAGUGUCAGCGCGACAGCUAUGCCCGCGAGUUCUCCACCGUGGUGGUCGCCUGCCGCCCCGCGGAGAUGCCGGCCGAGGCUGGCGAAGGCCAGAAGGAGGUGAGGCGCGGGUUCCAGGUGGUGCUGGAGGACACGUUGCUCUUCCCCGAGGGCGGGGGACAGCCUGACGACAGGGGCACGAUCGACAAUGUCCCUGUGCUGAGAGUGACCCGCCGCGGGGUUGAAGCUGCUCACUUCACGGAGACGCCACUGGCCCCGGGGAGCCGGGUCCGGGUCUGCGUGGACUGGGAGCGGCGCUUUGACCACAUGCAGCAGCACUCGGGGCAACACCUCAUCACCGCAGUUGCUGAUCAUCUGUUUGGCCUGAAGACAACCUCGUGGGAGCUGGGGCGGCUGCGGAGCACGAUCGAGCUGAACAGCCCCUCCGUGACCGCAGAGCAGGUGGCUGCCAUCGAGCAGAACGCCAACGAGAAGAUCCGUGCGCGGCUGCCUGUCAGUGUGCGCGAGCUGAGCCCAGACGACCCCGAGGUGGAGCAGGUGCGGGGCCGGGGGCUGCCGGAUGAUCACGCUGGGCCCGUGCGGGUGGUGACCAUCAAGGGCGUGGACGCCAACAUGUGCUGCGGGACCCACGUGAGCAACCUCAGCGACCUGCAGGUCAUCAAGCUCCUGGGCACCGAGAAGGGGAAGAAGAGCAAGGCCAACCUGCUCUUUCUGGCCGGGCACCGAGUGCUGAAGUGGGUGGAGCGGAGUCACGCGAACGAAAAGGCUCUCACCGCGCUGCUCAAGUACAUCCCGGCCCUGGCCCCUUCGGUGGCCCCGUCUGUCUGUCCUCAGGGCCUGGAAUCCUUAGCUCUGCCCCCUGCAGGGUGA